AUGACAACCACAGCCGUAGCUCCGAAAACCAUAUCCACAGCUCCAACAACCACAGUUGUCCCCAUAACAACCCCAGAUGCUCCCACAACAACCACAUCUGCACCAACCACAACCACAGCAACUCCAAAAACAUCUACAGCGGAGGCUUCAACAAGUACAGCUGAGCAAACAACAACCACAGUUGCACCAACAACAACCACAGCUUCUUCCACAACAACCACAGCUGCUCCCACAACAACAACUGGUGUUGCUACAACAACAAAAGAUGCAGCAACAACAACCAACGUCCUAACCACCACAAGCACAUCUGCUCCAACUUCAAUAACAGAUUCACCCACAACAACCGCAAGUGCUCCCACAACAACAGCAGAUCCAUCAACUGAAGUAUAUUCCACAACCACAUCUGCACACACAACAACCACAGCUGGUGAAACAACAACAACAGCUACAGCAACAACACCCAAAACCUCGCCCACAACAACCACAGCUGCUCCCACUACAAACACAGCUGCUUCCACAACAACCACAUCUACACCAACCACAACCACAGCAACUCCAAUAACAUCUACAGCGGAGACUUCAACAAGUACAGCUGAGGAAACAACAACCACAGUUGCACCAACAACAACCACAGCGGCUCCCACAACAACCACAGCUGCUCCCACAACAACCACAGCUGCUCCCACUCGGAGACUUCAACAAGUACAGCUGAGGAAACAACAACCAGAGUUGCACCAACAACAACCACAGCUGCUGAUACAACAACAACAGCUACAGCAACAGCACCCAAAACUUCGCCCACAACAACCACAGCUGCUGAUACAACAACAACAGCUACAGCAAAAGCACCCAAAACCACCAACUACAGCUGCUCCCACAACAACGACAGCUGCUGAUACAACAACAACAGCUACAGCAACAGCACCCAAAACUUCGCCCACAACAACCACAGCUGCUGAUACAAAAACAACAGCUACAGCAACAACACCCAAAACCUCGCCCACAACAACCAAAGCUGCUCCCACAACAACCACAUCUGCACCAACCACAACCACAACCACAUUAACUCCAAUAACAUCUACAGCGGAGACUUCAACAAGUACAGCUGAGGAAACAACAACCACAGUUGCACCAACAACAACCACAGCUUCUUCCACAACAACCAAAGCUGCUCCCACAACAACAACUGGUGUUGCUACAACAACAAAAGAUGCAGCAACAACAAUCAACGUUCUAACCACCACAAGCACAUCUGCUCCAACUUCAAUAACAGAUUCACCCACAACAACCGCAAGUGCUCCCACAACAACAGCAGAUCCAUCAACUGAAGUUUUUUCCACAACCACAUCUGCACACACAACAACCACAGCUGGUGAAACAACAACAACAACAACAGCUACAGCAACAACACCCAAAACCUCGCCCACAACAACCACAGCUGCUCCCACUACUAACACAGCUGCUCCCACAACAACCACAUCUGCACCAACCACAACCACAGCAACUCCAAUAACAUCUACAGCGGAGACUUCAACAAGUACAGCUGAGGAAACAACAAACACAGUUGCACCAACAACAACCAAAGCUUCUUCCACAACAACCACAGCUACUCCCACAACAACCACAGCUGCUCCCACAACAACCACAGCUGCUCCCACAUCAACCACAGCUGCUGAUACAACAACCACAGCUACAGCAACAAGACCCAAAACCUCGCCCACAACAAAUACAGCUGCUCCCACUACAACCACAUCUGCAUCAACCACAACCAAAGCAACUCCAAGAACAUCUACAGCAGACGCUUCAACAAGUACAGCUAAGGACACAAAAUCCACAAUUGCAACGGCAACAACCACAUCAUCUUCCACAACGACCACAGCUGCUCCCACAACAACCACAGCUGCUGAUACAACAACAACAGCUACAGCUACAACAACAACAACCAAAACUUCGCCCACAACAACCACAGCUGCUGAUACAACAACAACAGCUACAGCAACAACAGCCAAAACCACGCCCACAACAACAACAGCUGCUCCCACUACAAACACAGCUGCUUCCACAACAACCACAUCUACACCAACCAAAACCACAGCAACUCCAUUAACAUCUACAGCGGAGACUUCAACAAGUACAGCUGAGGAAACAACAACCACAGUUGCACCAACAACAACCACAGCGGCUCCCACAACAACCACAGCUGCUGAUACAACAACAACAGCUACAGCAACAGCACCCAAAACUUCGCCCACAACAACCACAGCUGCUGAUACAACAACAACAGCUACAGCAACAACACCCAAAACCUCGCCCACAACAACCACAGCUGCUCCCACAACAACCACAUCUGCACCAACCACAACCACAGCAACUCCAAUAACAUCUACAGCGGAGACUUCAACAAGUACAGCUGAGGAAACAACAAACACAGUUGCACCAACAACAACCAAAGCUUCUUCCACAACAACCACAGCUGCUCCCACAACAACAACUGGUGUUGCAACAACAACAAAAGAUGCAGCAACAACAACCAACGUCCUAACCACCACAAGCACAUCUGCUCCAACUUCAAUAACAGAUUCACCCACAACAACCGCAAGUGCUCCCACAACAACAGCAGAUCCAUCAACUGAAGUUUUUUCCACAACCACAUCUGCACCCACAACAACCACAGCUGCUGAAACAACAACAGCUACAGCAACAACACCCAAAACCUUGCCCACAACAACCACAGCUGCUCCCACUACAAACACAGAUGCUCCCACAACAACCACAUCUACACCAACCACAACCACAGCAACUCCAAUAACAUCUACAGCGGAGGCUUCAACAAGUACAGCUGAGGAAACAACAAACACAGUUGCACCGACAACAACGUCAGCUUCUUCCACAACAACCAAAGCUGCUCCCACAACAACAACUGGUGUUGAUACAACAACAAAAGAUGCAGCAACAACAACCAACGUCCUAACCACCACAAGCACAUCUGCUCCAACUUCAAUAACAGAUUCACCCACAACAACCGCAAGUGCUCCCACAACAACAGCAGAUCCAUCAACUGAAGUUUUUUCCACAACCACAUCUGCACACACAACAACCACAGCUGGUGAAACAACAACAACAACAACAGCUACAGCAACAACACCCAAAACCUCGCCCACAACAACCACAGCUGCUCCCACUACUAACACAGCUGCUCCCACAACAACCACAUCUGCACCAACCACAACCACAGCAACUCCAAUAACAUCUACAGCGGAGACUUCAACAAGUACAGCUGAGGAAACAACAAACACAGUUGCACCAACAACAACCAAAGCUUCUUCCACAACAACCACAGCUACUCCCACAACAACCACAGCUGCUCCCACAUCAACCACAGCUGCUGAUACAACAACCACAGCUACAGCAACAAGACCCAAAACCUCGCCCACAACAAAUACAGCUGCUCCCACUACAACCACAUCUGCAUCAACCACAACCACAGCAACUCCAAGAACAUCUACAGCAGACGCUUCAACAAGUACAGCUAAGGACACAAAAUCCACAAUUGCAACGGCAACAACCACAUCAUCUUCCACAACGACCACGGCUGCUCCCACAACAACCACAGCUGCUGAUACAACAACAACAGCUACAGCUACAACAACAACAACCAAAACUUCGCCCACAACAACCACAGCUGCUGAUACAACAACAACAGCUACAGCAACAACAGCCAAAACCACGCCCACAACAACAACAGCUGCUCCCACUAAAAACACAGCUGCUUCCACAACAACCACAUCUACACCAACCAAAACCACAGCAACUCCAUUAACAUCUACAGCGGAGACUUCAACAAGUACAGCUGAGGAAACAACAACCACAGUUGCACCAACAACAACCACAGCGGCUCCCACAACAACCACAGCUGCUGAUACAACAACAACAGCUACAGCAACAGCACCCAAAACUUCGCCCACAACAACCACAGCUGCUGAUACAACAACAACAGCUACAGCAACAACACUCAAAACCUCGCCCACAACAACCACAGCUGCUCCCACAACAACCACAUCUGCACCAACCACAACCACAGCAACUCCAAUAACAUCUACAGCGGAGACUUCAACAAGUACAGCUGAGGAAACAACAAACACAGUUGCACCAACAACAACCAAAGCUUCUUCCACAACAACCACAGCUGCUCCCACAACAACAACUGGUGUUGCAACAACAACAAAAGAUGCAGCAACAACAACCAACGUCCUAACCACCACAAGCACAUCUGCUCCAACUUCAAUAACAGAUUCACCCACAACAACUGCAAGUGCUCCCACAACAACAGCAGAUCCAUCAACUGAAGUUUUUUCCACAACCACAUCUGCACCCACAACAACCACAGCUGCUGAAACAACAACAGCUACAGCAACAACACCCAAAACCUUGCCCACAACAACCACAGCUGCUCCCACUACAAACACAGAUGCUCCCACAACAACCACAUCUACACCAACCACAACCACAGCAACUCCAAUAACAUCUACAGCGGAGGCUUCAACAAAUGCAGCAACAACAACCAACGUCCUAACCACCACAAGCACAUCUGCUCCAACUUCAAUAACAGAUUCACCCACAACAACCGCAAGUGCUCCCACAACAACAGCAGAUCCAUCAACUGAAGUUUUUUCCACAACCACAUCUGCACCCACAACAACCACAGCUGCUGAAACAACAACAGCUACAGCAACAACACCCAAAACCUUGCCCACAACAACCACAGCUGCUCCCACUACAAACACAGAUGCUCCCACAACAACCACAUCUACACCAACCACAACCACAGCAACUCCAAUAACAUCUACAGCGGAGGCUUCAACAAGUACAGCUGAGGAAACAACAAACACAGUUGCACCGACAACAACGUCAGCUUCUUCCACAACAACCAAAGCUGCUCCCACAACAACAACUGGUGUUGAUACAACAACAAAAGAUGCAGCAACAACAACCAACGUCCUAACCACCACAAGCACAUCUGCUCCAACUUCAAUAACAGAUUCACCCACAACAACCGCAAGUGCUCCCACAACAACAGCAGAUCCAUCAACUGAAAUUUAUUCCACAACCACAUCUUCUUCCACAACAACCACAGCUGCUCCCACUACAAACACAGCUGCUCCCACAACAACCACAUCUGCACCAACCACAACCACAGCAACUCCAAUAACAUCUACAACGGAGACUUCAACAAGUACAGCUGAGGAAACAACAACCACAGUUGCACCAACAACAACCACAGCCUCUUCCACAACAACCACAGCUGCUCCCACAACAACCACAGCUGCUGAUACAACAACAACAACAGUUACAGCAACAAGAACCAAAACCUCACCCACAACAAAUACAGCUGCUCCCACUACAACCACAUCUGCACCAACCACAACCACAGCAACUCCAAUAACAUCUACAGCGGAGGCUUCAACAAGUACAGCUGAGGAAAAAACAAACACAGUUGCACCGACAACAAUGUCAGCUUCUUCCACAACAACCAAAGCUGCUCCCACAACAACAACUGGUUUUGAUACAACAACAAAAGAUGCAGCAACAACAACCAACGUCCUAACCACCACAAGCACAUCUGCUUCAACUUCAAUAACAGAUUCACCCACAACAACCGCAAGUGCUCCCACAACAACAGCAGAUCCAUCAACUGAAAUUUAUUCCACAACCACAUCUUCUUCCACAACAACCACAGCUGCUCCCACUACAAACACAGCUGCUCCCACAACAACCACAUCUGCACCAACCACAACCACAGCAACUCCAAUAACAUCUACAACGGAGACUUCAACAAGUACAGCUGAGGAAACAACAAACACAGUUGCACCGACAACAAUGUCAGCUUCUUCCACAACAACCAAAGCUGCUCCCACAACAACAACUGGUUUUGAUACAACAACAAAAGAUGCAACAACAACAACCAACGUCCUAACCACCACAAGCACAUCUGCUCCAACUACAAUAACAGAUUCACCCACAACAACCACAUCUGCUCCCACAACAACCACAUCUGCUCCCACCACAACCACAUCUGCCCCAAGCACAACCACAGCAAAUCCAAUAACAUCUACAGCAGACGCUUCAACAAGUACAGCUGAGGACACAAAAUCCACAAUUGCACCAGCAACAACCAUAUCAUCUUCCACAACAACCACAGCUGCUCCCACAACAACCACAGCUGCUGAUACAACAACAACAGCUACAGCAACAAGACCCAAAACCUCGCCCACAACAAACACAGCUGCUCCCACUACAACCACAUCUGCACCAACCACAACCACAGCAACUCCAAUAACAUCUACUGCGGAGGCUUCAACACGUACAGCUGAGGAAACAACAAACAAAGUUGCACCGACAACAACGUCAGCUUCUUCCACAACAACCAAAGCUAUACCCACAACAACAACUGGUGUUGAUACAACAACAAAAGAUGCAGCAACAACAACCAACGUCCUAACCACCACAAGCACAUCUGCUCCAACUACAAUAACAGAUUCACCCACAACAACCGCAAGUGCUCCCACAACAACAGCAGAUCCAUCAACUGAAAUUUAUUCCACAACCACAUCUGCUCCCACAACAACCACAUCUGCUCCCACUACAAACACAGCUGCUCCCACAACAACCACAUCUGCACCAACCCCAACCACAGCAACUCCAAUAACAUCUACAGUGGAGGAUUCAACAAGUACAGCUGAGGAAACAACAACCACAGGUGCUCCAACAACAACCACAGCUGCUCCCACAGCAACAUCUGGUGUUGCUACAACAACAAAAGAUGCAGCAACAGUAACCAAUGUCCUGCCCACCACAACCACAUCUGCUCCAACUACAAUCACAUCUGCACCAAGCACAACCAUAGCAACUCCAAUAACAUCUACAGCAGAUGCUUCAACAAGUACAGCUGAGGACACAAAAUCCACAAUUGCACCAGCAACAACCACAUCAUCUUCCACAACAACCACAUCUGCUCCCAGAUCAACCACAGCUGCUGAUACAACAACCACAGCUACAGCAACAAGACCCAAAACCUCGCCCACAACAAAUACAGCUGCUCCCACUACAUCCACAUCUGCACCAACCACAACCUCAGCAACUCCAAUAACAUCUACUGUGGAGGCUUCAACAAGUACAGCUGAGGGGACAACAACCACAGUUGCACCAACAACAACCACAGCUUCUUCCACAACAACCACAGCUGCUCCCACAAAACCAACAAAAGAUGCAGCGACAACAACCAACGUCCUAACUACCACAACCACAUCUGCUCCAACUACAAUAACAGGUUCACCCACAACAACCGCAAGUGCUCCCACAACCACAACAUUUGCACGAACAACAUCCACAGCUGCCGCUAUGACAACAGCCACCCCUACAACAACUACAACUGCUCCCACAACAACCACAGCAGUGCCAACAUCAACCACAGCAGCUCCCACUACACACACAGCUUCACCAUCGACAACCACAGUUGCCGCAAAGACCACCAACACCCACCACACAACGACCCAUGUUUCAGCCACAACAACCACAGCUGCUGUAACUACCACAGCUACACCAACAUCAACUACAGCUGCUAAGACAACAACAACUGUUUCCCCAACCACCGCAUCCACAAACCCUCCAACGUCAAAUGAAGGUGUACUUAUUCUAAAGUUCCGGAUGUACCGUACGUUUAUCGAAGCCUACGGAAAUUCAAGUUCCUUGGAUUACAUUACUUUGGCUUUAAAUGUCACAACUGAGGUAAAAGUUGUCAUUAAUAGAAAUAUUGAAAUGGACAUUUACAAAAAAUAUCUUUCUUGGUAUCUUUUUUGUCCUUAA